UAAUUCUGGGCUUCUGUAAUUUUUAAAAGUGAUGCAAAUAAAACUCAUAUAUAAAUAAUUUUAAUCAUAUAAAAAUAAAGAAAUUUUGGAAAUUUUAUACAUAAUUAAAAUUAAGAAAGAAAGAGUGCAUUUAAAAGCACUAGAGGCGUACGGAAAAUUAAAAAAAUAAAAGCAAGGAAAUAGGAAAUAAGAAUUUUUACAAAAAUUUAAGUUAAUUAUUAUACGGCCAAACUUAUUUUGCUGUAAAUGAUGUAGGAAAAAUAAUCCAUCUCUUAAUAAAAUUAAGUUGCCAAUUAAUUUUUCAUGACACUUGCUACAGAGUGAAAUAAAUUUUCAGUUAUUUCUAAAAUGAAUCUGAAUUCUGAAAAUAGAAUAUAGCAAAAGCAUGUAGUCGCGACCGCGACUCUUUUUCCCGCCGCAUGUUUCGGAGGAGGAGUCAACUCCUCGUGCUCCGCUGCUUUUCGUAGACAGCUAAACAGCGAGAGUCGCCGCUCCUCUCCUUGCUGCUUUCCUUCAGUAUAGACAGUGCCUUAGAGCCCGAGUGUUCCACAAGGCCCAACGACGGCCACUAGCAAGACAUGCCGGCGUAAUUAAAUAUGAAUCAAUAGCUCUGAUUUUUCGCUGUCGAUUCGCAACAACAGACAUCAAGAUGAACGGAGCUGGACUCAAGAAAAUCGGCAUCUGCAUUGCCCUGACAGUGGUGCUGGGCUCCACCCUGACUGACGCCAUCAAGUGCUACCACUGUUCCGUGAAGCCGGCCGUCGUGCAAAGGGGCGCGAAGGAAAUGAAACCGCCCUGUCAAAUGUUCACCCCUUCCAAGGAGUACGAGAUCGAGUGCGGCAACUCGACCUACUGCAUGAAGCAGACCUACAACUUCACCCUUCUAAAUGGUUCGGUGACGACUGUGGUUCAGCGUGAGUGUGCGCCGCAAACGGCGCCGUACCAGGUGCUGGUGGGCAACAAGUGGCAGCGCAAGGUCAAGGUGCAGGAGGACGCGUAUGAGGAGGGUUGCAUAAUCCAGAGUCCGGACCACCCUAUCAAGACGACGCCGACCGAGUAUUGCUAUUGCAGCAAGAAUUUGUGCAAUUCGGGCAAGUCGACGCACGACGCGACCUCGGCAGCGCACACGGACGCCAUGGCCGUCAUUUUCGUCUUCAACGCGAUGAAGUACAUUCGCAGUCUGCGAUAGCACCCUGAUCUAAAUCUUCCAUUGAUACUAGUGUAAUGAAUUAUAAACACGUGAAACGCAUGAUACGAGUGGACAUGCUGAAGUGGCUGUGACCGAUAGAUCAAAAAAUCGUGGAAUCCGCAUAAUUAUGUUAUUAAGUGGGCCGGAUGCAAGUGCUCCGACCUAAACUACUAUUGACAGUUAUAAGUUAUAUUUUGUAUUUUGUUACUCCAUAUGUGUGCCUCUUAAGACGAAAAAAGAAUAAAUGUGUAUUGUAUGUGUUGCAGAAUAUGAAA